GGGGAGGUUCAGGCUGAAGUUAGGGCCGGGGAGAGAGGAAGAGGGAGCGCUGCCGGAAGCGGCGGCGCUGGCGCUGGGAGCCCGCGGAGUUCCGCGGGCAGCAUGUAGCUGGUGACAGCCGUCCGAGCGCGCCGCCUGCGCCGGAGCCGCCGGCUAGUUCGCUGAGGGUCCGGUGCAGCGGGUCGGGCGCUUCUCCGGGGAGGCGGAGGGGGCGGCAGCCGCGCCUCGCUUCGCCUCUCCCUCACUUUCCCCUCUGUCCUCGGCGCCGUCUCUCGGCUCAGCUCUUCCUCAGCCCGCCGCCCCUUCGCCGCCGGCCGGGGGGCUGCGGCGCCGCUGCCAUGGGGCUGCCCACGCUGGAGUUCAGCGACUCCUACUUGGACAGCCCGGAUUUCAGGGAGCGCUUGAAGUGUCACGAGAUCGAGCUGGAGAGGACCAACAAGUUCAUCAAAGAGCUGAUUAAGGACGGCAGCCUCCUCAUCGGGGCCCUGCGGAAUUUAUCCAUGGCGGUGCAAAAAUUUUCGCAGUCUCUACAAGAUUUCCAGUUCGAGUGUAUUGGAGAUGCUGAAACUGAUGAUGAAAUUAAUAUUGCCCAGUCACUGAAAGAGUUUGCUCGGCUCCUGAUUGCUGUUGAAGAGGAGAGGAGACGACUGAUCCAGAAUGCUAAUGAUGUGCUAAUAGCACCGCUGGAGAAGUUUCGUAAAGAGCAAAUAGGAGCAGCAAAAGAUGGGAAGAAGAAAUUUGACAAGGAAAGUGAGAAAUACUAUUCCAUCCUAGAGAAGCACUUAAAUUUAUCGGCAAAGAAGAAAGAAUCUCAUUUGCAAGACGCAGAUACACAGAUUGACAGAGAACACCAAAACUUUUAUGAAGCAUCAUUAGAAUAUGUUUUUAAAAUUCAAGAAGUACAAGAGAAAAAGAAAUUUGAAUUUGUUGAACCUCUCUUGGCCUUUCUUCAAGGAUUAUUUACGUUUUACCAUGAAGGAUAUGAACUGGCUCAGGAGUUUGCACCAUACAAGCAGCAGCUGCAGUUCAAUUUGCAGAAUACCAGGAAUAAUUUCGAAAGCACUAGGCAAGAAGUGGAGAGACUCAUGCAGAGAAUGAAAUCAGCCAACCAGGAUUACAGACCGCCAAGUCAAUGGACAAUGGAAGGCUAUCUCUAUGUGCAGGAGAAACGACCUCUUGGAUUUACAUGGGUAAAACAUUACUGCACUUAUGAUAAAGGAACAAAAACAUUUACAAUGAAUAUAGCUGAAACAAAAUCUGGUGGAAAAGUGAAUGGCCUUGUCACAAGCUCACCAGAAAUAUUCAAGCUCAAAUCUUGCAUCAGGAGAAAGACAGAUUCAAUUGACAAACGUUUCUGUUUUGAUAUUGAAGUUUUUGAGAGACCUGGAAUCAUCACACUACAAGCUUUUUCAGAAUCCAACCGAAAACUUUGGCUCGAGGCAAUGGAUGGGAAGGAACCAAUCUACACACUACCAGCCAUUAUUAGCAAGAAGGAAGAAAUGUUCUUAAAUGAAGCAGGUUUCAACUUUGUGAGGAAAUGUAUUCAUGCUGUAGAAACAAGAGGUAUUACAAUCCUGGGGCUGUACAGAAUAGGAGGUGUAAACUCCAAGGUGCAAAAGCUGAUGAAUACCAUAUUUUCUCCUAAGUCUCCCCCUGAUAUGGAUAUUGAUCUGGAACUUUGGGACAAUAAAACAAUAACAAGUGGACUAAAAAACUACCUCAGGUGUCUUUCAGAACCACUGAUGACUUUCAAGCUGCACAAAGAUUUCAUUGUUGCUGUUAAGUCAGAUGACCAGAACUACAGAGUUGAGGCGGUACACGCGCUUGUGCAUAAGUUACCAGAGAAGAACAGAGAGAUGCUGGACAUCCUUAUCAAGCACUUGGUCAAGGUAUCGUUGCACAGUCAGCAAAAUCUAAUGACUGUAUCCAACCUUGGUGUUAUCUUUGGACCGACUCUGAUGAGAGCCCAAGAAGAAACUGUGGCUGCUAUGAUGAACAUUAAGUUUCAGAAUAUCGUCGUUGAAAUUCUGAUAGAGCAUUAUGAAAAGAUAUUUCACACUGCGCCAGACCCCAAUAUUCCUCUUCCCCAACCUCAGUCCCGAUCAGGUUCAAGAAGGACAAGAGCAAUUUGUCUCUCCACAGGUUCACGUAAACCCAAAGGAAGAUACACACCGUGUCUAGCAGAUCCUGACAGUGACUCGUACAGCAGCAGCCCAGACAGCACUCCCAUGGGCAGCAUCGAGUCUCUCUCUUCUCACUCCUCCGAGCAGAACAGCACUGCCAAAUGUACACCCUCGCAGCCCAGGGAGAAAUCGGGAGGGAUUCCGUGGAUUGCCUCUCCCGCUUCUUCUAACGGCCAGAAGAGUUCAGGCCUCUGGACUACAAGUCCAGAAUCCUCAUCAAAGGAGGAUGCAACCAGAACAGAUGUGGAGUCAGACUGCCAAAGUGUAGCUUCUGUCACUGGGCCAGAGAAUGCUUCACCACCAACAGACCUGACCAAAAAGAGUUCUUACAGUCUGUCUGGGCUGAAAAGGUCUUCAGCAUCUUCCCUCAGGUCAAUUCCAUCAGCUGAAGGUAACAAAAGCUGCAGUGGAUCUAUACAGAGCUUAUCUUCAACAGAUACCAAAGAUACACCAAAGGCUCCGCCAAACCCUGAUUUGCCUCCCAAAAUGUGCAGGAGAUUAAGAUUAGAUACCGCAUCAAGUAAUGGCUAUCAAAGACCAGGAUCUGUAGUGGCUGCAAGAGCCCAGUUGUUUGAAAGUGCUGGUUCACUUAAACAAGUUUCUUCAGGACGGCAAGCAAAAGCCAUGUAUUCCUGUAAGGCUGAGCACAGCCAUGAGCUGUCUUUCCCACAAGGGGCAAUAUUUUCCAAUGUGUAUCCAUCAGUGGAACCAGGCUGGUUAAAAGCAACUUACGAAGGCAAAACAGGACUCGUUCCUGAGAAUUAUGUUGUCUUCCUCUAGUAUUCUUUAGUGGACAGCAAUAUCUUCAUGGUAUCCAUGGUAACAAGUAAUAAGCACUAUGAUUUUUAUCUGACACAGAUAUGGGAUCAGCCCGUUAGCUGAGCGGUAGAUUUCCUUCAGAUACUGCAGCCGCAGGUUACACGGCUCCCGCUCAGCGGAACAGAAUGUAAUGAAACAGUUAACAGUUUCUGUACUGAAGACGGUACUCUGUUUAAAUAACUUCCAUUGUUUGCAAAAAGGUUGUUCUGUUCUUCUUUUAUGGGUAAGGAACACUAGAGCAAUAAAAUCAAAAAAGUUGCCAUUUAGCUGCAGACCUUCAGGUCCUAGGAUGUUGCUCACAGAAGUGUGAGAUUUAGAGGCAAUGCACUCUAUGAUGUUUCUUGCAAUCUGUAGUUUUUAAUAUGGAAGAUUGUAUUUUUUUCCACAAUGUAACUAAUGCUUCUAUUGUGAUCUGAAUGCUCCCAUAGAAAACUUGAUUGUAAAGUUAGUCCUAAUCAUUUCAAAUAAGAAAUGAGUUUUCCAUAAAUCAGAAGUUGGAACUUCUGUUAGUCGUUGAGAUUAAAAUGGGUUACAGGACUUAUGCAACUGGUAGUGAAAUCAGUUUAUACACUGCCUGAGCAGUAAGUGCUCAUUCAAAAUGUGAUAUGUUUAAUGAAUGUUUUGUUCAAAUACUUCUUAGAUUUAUUUCCUCCUUUCUAUAUCAGUAUAGAUAAUAUUAACAACCUUUAUUUCUGUGAUAUCCAUUAUCGGGAAGAGAUUCUCAGUGUAUCUCAGAACAACAGCUGUGGAAAACGAGGAGGUGCAGAAUCUGGAAUGACUGGUAGUCACGUGAAGUGAGCAGUGAAAAACAGCGUGUUUUGAAACCUGAGAUAAAUUGUAACUGAGUCCUUUUCAAACUUUUUCCAUUACAAGUAAGACAAAUGGCCUGUGAAGUAGCUAAUUUUAUAAGCUAUGAAUGCUGAAAGCUCCACGUAGCAAUAAAGUAUUUAGUAUUAUUUCUCCUGACUUCUGCUAGACUAUUUGACAAAGAUUUCUCCCCUUCCACAGAAUAAAUAGCUUUACUUUUCAAAGGUUUUGUAAAGACCCAUUGAUUGCUCCUGGUAGGACUGAAAAACACCACCACCUCCAGCAACAACAACAACAAAAAACCCUCCAAAACCAUAAGCAGCUUUAUAAAUCUGAGCAUCUUCCUUGCACACUUUGAGGGAAAACAUGCACUGCUUGCUUGGCUAGUUACCGUGCCCGACUGAAAACCAAGAUAUUUAAGCUCCAUAUUAGUAAUUCUCUGGCCUUAGUGCUACAGACCUGUUUCAUAGACCUGUCAAGGCUUAGUUCUUUCUUCAGUAAGAGAAAUCGAUAGAUAAAUUUUCCAUUGAUUUCAAAGUUGUACACUACUUUUUGAGAAAGAACUUCUGUUAGGACUAAAAAUAUCAGUAAGCUUUUAAUUGCUUCUUUUUUCUUUCCAUGGCCUUUCUCUUCUUUUACUUAGAAAAUAAGAUUUAUUUCCAACAUUAAGCAGCACAUCAGAACCUUCUUUACUUGCAUGUAGUGCAUGAUGUCUGCAGAGCAAUUCUGUGUUGAAUUCAGGCUCGUGGCAAAAACCUGCAGGAUCCCUCGCCUUGCUAAUUAAGUAUCAAGGGGCAAUCAGGGAAAGAGAGAGGCUGGAAGAGCAUCCUCCCAAAAGUGAUCUGGCUUUUCAGAUGGCUGUUCUGGGUAUGACUGAAGGCAGGAGGUUGAGGACAGACCCACUAAAUUGGGGACUGACUGGUCUGGGCUCUUUCUUCAGUCUGAACAGUUUAAUUGAGUCCCAAAUCACAUUUGACUUCACCUUAAGACCGGACAGUGUUCAGUGCAUUGUGAUGAAGGGCAGUGCCAGACAUCGUCGCAGGCAGUGAAGGCAGACACGUGUGUGCUCCUCUCAUUUCCCCAGAGCAGGUGUGGAAGGAAACAAAGGUCUUUUCUAACCAGAUUGAGCCUUUCUGAUGUUUAAGACAAACCAGCAUUUCUGAGUGUAAGCUACGCCUGAAACUGCCAUUGCCCCGAGAAGAUCAGCGUGGGUCUGGUUGUGUUCUUGCUGUAUUGCACAAUCCGGAGAUGGCAGGCUGUCCAAAGGCUUCCCUCUGGUGACCUUCCCAGCAGCGCAGGGAGAGAGGCAGAGCCGAGAGCCGCCGCCCCAGCACGUGUCUCACCCGGGCAGGGAAGUGCAGUGAUUUGGGGAAAAAUCCCAACUUCUGUUUAUUGCACCGGGGUCAGUGGCAAACUGACCCGUGUUGAACAUCCUUUGAUGACCUCUUAUACCUCUUCAGAGCAAUUUAAUCGUUGUGAAACUCUUGAGGAAUGAUGAAAUAGCACAUGCUCUUAUUUGCUUUGCUUUAGACUGAUUUAGAAAGAAGUGGGGGGUGAAAGCUGACCGUAGGUGAUCUUACAGCCUGGCUAUGUCUGGGUAUUCUCCAAUAUUAUAUUUUGCAACCAGCUAAUCAGAGUGCAAGCUAGAGGACUCAGAAAUGACAAAUUCGUUAAAAAUUUUGUAAAAAUGCAAAGUUCCAUUACAGAUUAAGUAAGUAGAGCCUGUAAGUGCUGAGGGAAAGCUUGUAGAAAGACCUGGAGGAAUCCCUGUAGUGUUUUGUCUGUUCCCCUUCAUUCAUCUCACAUUAGACACAAAACUGAAUUGUAGAAGACAACUUGAUAAGAAACUGGAUCCCCUUCAUCCUCCUGCUCACAAAACAAAUCUGUAUUUUCCUCUGUGAGACUCUGCACUUUUUCAGGCCCUUCUUCUGAACCAGCCAUGAUGGUCACAAAUAAUUUUAAGGUAGCUUAGUUUUAAAAUAGCAUUUACAUCCGGAAAAGGUUAUGCCCAUUCUUAAUUACAGUUAUGCACAAUGAGGAGGGUUUUUCAUCUUUUUGAAAUGUGUUACGGUUUUUCUGUUCCUCUCUGCUGUGGGACAUAACAAGCAUUUUCUGUAUAUUGUCAGCGCUGGGCUGAGGAGGCCCCAGCUCUCCCUGGCUUCCCAGGAGGCAGUUUCUCUCUACAAGAAGCUGCACAAUGAACUGGAGAGUUGAGUAACGAGGUGUUCAGAGACUGAAAUGGGGGAGAGAGCAGCACCAAAGCUUGGCUGAUGAUGAUACUCUCAGGCCUGACCAAAAAUGUCUUCUGAUCAUUGCAAAGGAUCAGAAAUCCGUUUAACGUUUAAAGGAAGAUACGAUAUCUCUAUAGUGCCUUACCAGAAAAUUAGGCAAGCUGGAUUAAGUUAGUUCACAGUAUUGAUUUACUGUGUUUUUUAUGAGUCAGAUUCUAGCUACAAGCAAAGCUUGUGCAAUAUUUUUAUUAUAAUUAUUAUUAUCCUUCCUAAAAGGAUGCAGCAUAAUUUUGUCCCGAAUGUCACUGUAGAACUCAAGGUAGAUGAUCACAAUGCAUAUUGUGGUUUCUGUUUAUCUUGUGGAAAUAAUGUCUGUACCCACAACUUAGGUAAUUAGCCAUGGUUUUUCUUUGUUAAACCUUUUGAUACAUGUUACAGUACAAUAUGAAUCCAUAGUGUGAAGGACUGAUAUAUUGUAUGAUAAAUAUGUAAAGUAUAUUAAUAUUUUAUAGUCACACUUUUUAUUAAUGACGAUAAAGAUGAAAAAAUAUUUUUGGUGUAAUUCCUAUGAGUUCAGUAUUAAAAUGUCUUUGCCAUAUUUUGGCAUUUAGAGUUCUAUGUAACAAAAUGCUUAAAUUAAACUAUAGCUAACACAUAUGUCCCUAACUGAUCUAUAAAGUCCAUUGUUCAACUAUUUCUGGAAAAAUAUUAUGCACAGAUUUGCUGACCAGCACUAUUCUGUUAUAGUCAUAGUAACUUAUUUUCCUUUUACAUGCUUUAUGGUGCUAAUCUCUAUUCUUUUCCUAUAAUUAGAUUGAAUUGUAAAGUGCCCUUAGGAAAGAUACGUAAGGAGAGGAAAAGUUGCAAAAUUCAGCAGUUCAGAACAAAAAUUACAACAACAAAAAAGCAUUGUAUGGCAGUAAUUGGGUAUUUUUUUUUGUUACAUUUCUCCACUGCUCUAUUUUCUACUUGAUAAAAUUGCAUCAGAAUAAAUAAUGAAACUAAAAGGCAUAUUGUUCUUCAAACUUCUUUUGCUAAGGCAGCAGUUCGUGCAGUUUUGGGUUGAGCAGCGAGAAGAGAAACCCCAGCAGGGGAUCACGUCCUCCAGGCUGGGGUGGAUCUUCUCCACUGACGGAAACUCGCAAAGCUCUCAUACAAAGCCAGUCCUGCGGCAAUUUAUAGCAAGGAUUUGCGGGCCAGAAGCCCCCAGAAGGUAAAGGGAAUAUUCUGCUAAUGGGGCAACAUCAUACAGCUUGGCAUUAUCCCUUCUUUCAGCAUAGUGUCCUGUAUGAAUUGUUCAAUGAGCAGAGAUGAGGCUGUAGGCAAAGCUCAGCCUCGCUCCGUGUGGGCACACAGCCCCGGCAGCUGCUGAGAGCUCUCAGUCCAGCUGUUGAUCCAGCUGUUGGUCCAGCUGCGUCCAUGCAAGGCGGGAGGUCUCGUUUUCAGAUAAAAUUUUUCACAGGCUUUGGGAGUUUGCUUUGUUUUGGUUUAAUAAGGUGCUUGGUAUCCCAACAGCUACUAAUUCAAUGUUGUAAUUCCAUCACUGAAGAUCAUAGCAUUGUCUUACUUGUCCUGUAUGUGGCAGUAUUUAAUAAGCCAUUGGAUGAUCCUUGUUAAAUUUUACAUAUAGGGAAUGGUGCUUCACGCCUUGGAUGUCUCAGCUGAAAGCUAUUCUGCAUCUGAGCUUUUUGCAAGUGUUUUACUGGGAAUUCUCAUUAAAGUUCUGACACUAAAGACAGCAGCGCGGUCUCAGCACUACAAGUUUCUGUUAUAGCAAAGGGCAAAGCAGCUAAACAGGGCACAUGGGUAGUUUCAAUUUUCAAUCGUAUUUAUGACCAUUUUGAAGGUAUUAGAGUUUAUAGGGGUUACUUUAGAUACUAUAUGGUAUUUUAAUAGGAAAGUAUAUACAAUCAAUAACUAUAUAUAUUUAAUAAAGUCCUACUAAAUUAUCUUAUUGAACUCUCUGUUUAUUUUGUAGUGUGGUUUCAAUAAUUAUCUGCACUCUGUAUAUAACUACAUGUAAAUAAAUGGCAUGACAUGCAUAAGCUGACUUGCAGACAUAAUUCUAUGUUGUACCUUACACUGUAUUUCAAAAAUUUGAAAACAAAAAACGUUUUCCAAAAUAAAAAGCCUUUCCACACAAA